AUGACUCGUCACCCUGAACUGCAGGGCCUUGGCGCCGAGGCUGGCCCGGCGAGGCAGCCCCCCUCGCAGGGCCUUGGCGCCGAGGCUGGCCCGGCGAGGCAGCCCCCCUCGCAUCUGGAGCGGGAGUGCGAGUUCCUGGAGGCGGCGCUGUCCAUCCCCGGCCUGAAGGGCGGCUGGCUGGCCCCUCGGCCCGGCGGCGACGCGGUGCUGGCGCUGCAGUACGCGCAGCGCGACCUGGCCGCCAACACGCAGCGCCGGAGCCUGGUGUGGGGCCCGCUGCGCCUGGAGCGUGUGGUGUCAGUGCCCGAGGUGGUGCACGGCUCUGUGUUUGCCGACCCCUGGUUUGGAGGGGCCGGCCCCUCCUGGUCCCCGGACGAGCGCAGCCUGGUCUACGUGGCCGAGCGGUACACGGGCAGGCGCUCGCCGAGCCUCUUCGUGCUGGACACCGGGUCCUGGAGCGUGGCGCGUGUGGCGGCAGGGGAUGCCGAUGCGUACAGCAUGGGCCAGCCGGUCUGGACGCCGCGAGGGGACGGCAUCGUGUUUGUGCGCUGGCCGCACGCCCCCGACAACUUCCCGGGCUUGACGCAGCGCCUGGGCAUUGUCUACUGCUUCAACCGCCCCUGCCACCUGGCACUGGCGCCGUGGCUGCAGGUGGGCGCCGGCGCCAGGGACGAGGCUGCCAUCGAGGGGGCGCCGCUGGAGGCGGGGUUCCAGGGCGCGGCCGAGGCGCCCGCGGGCGGAUCAUACCCAGCCGCGACGCUGCUGACGCCGGGGAUGAGCAGCGCCUUCUCGCCGCGAUUCAGCCCCGACGGCGGGACGCUGGUCUUCCUGAGCCAGGCCGCCGCGGUGGAGAGCGGGGCGCACGCCGCCUCGGCGUCCCUGCACGCGCUGACCUGGUGCGGGGCGGGGCCGGCCCCGGGGCCCCCGCACAUGCUGGUCGGGGUGGAGGCGGGAGCCCCUCCCGCAGGCCCAGACCCCUACGCCGCCUUCCCGGGCCUCUACUCCGGCCUGAUCCCGGCCCAGCCCUGGGUGGACGCCGACACGCUGCUCCUCACCUCCCAGUGGCGCAGCACCACGGCAGUGCUGGCCGUGUCGCUCAGUGCGCGCAGCGUGCAGCGCGUGAGCCCCCCGCCGGGGCCCGACCACGCCAGCUGGAGCCUGCUGGCUGCCGACGCAGGCUGGGCGGUGGCAACGUGCAGCUCCCUGCAUCAACCCCCCUCGCCGUACGUCGCCCACCUGGGCCGCGGCGAGGCCCUGGGCCCCACUUCCUGGGCUCAUCUGGAUUUGGGGGACGCCGAGGACGACGCGGUACCGCCCGAGCUGGCAGCCACGCUGCGCACGCUGCGCACCACUGUCGUGUGCCCCGAGCCUGGCGACGAUGGCGCAGACGGCUCGGGUCCCACCUGGGAGGCCCUCCUGCUGCAUGCGGCCGGCGAUGGCGCCCCUGAGUCGGCAAGCACCCCGACCCCGGGAGAGCCCCCGGCCAACAUCGAUCAGCCGACCAGCGCAGACCAUGCGGCCACCACCGCAGACCACAUGAUCUCCACAGGCUCCUCUGACUCCACCCCCCGGCCCCUGCUGCUCAUGCCGCACGGCGGCCCGCACUCCGCCUUCUCCUCCGAGUUCUCGCCCGUGCUGGGCGCGCUGUGCGCGCUGGGGCAUGAUGUGCUGCUGGUCAACUACCGCGGGUCCACGGGGUUCGGGGAGGCUUCUCUGCAGGCCCUGCCCGGCCGCGUGGGCGAGCUGGACGCGCCGGGCGACUUCUUCGCGGGCGUGCUGCGCAACCCGGUGCUGGACCUGGGCCUCAUGGUCCAGCUCAGCGACAUCCCCGACUGGUGCUACGUCACGGCGCCCAUGCUCUUCCUGCUGGGGGGCAAGGACCGGCGGGUGCCGCUGCGGGACGCGCAGCAGUACGCGAACGCGCUGCGCGUGCUGCGCGGCGAGGCCGGCCCCGCCACCAAGAUCCUGGUCUUCCCGGAGGACAACCACGCCCUGGACUCGCCGCAGACCGAGUUCGAGCAGUGGAUCACGGCGUUGGAGUGGCUGCAGCGCCACGGGCCGGGGUCUACCACCAUGUGA